GAAGUGAAACCAAAAGAAUAAUAACAAUCAUGUCUGGACGCGGCAAGGGCGGUAAAGUUAGAGCGAAGGCUAAGACCAGGUCUUCACGUGCCGGGUUGCAGUUCCCAGUGGGUCGUGUCCACAGGCUGCUACGUAAAGGCAACUAUGCCGAGCGCGUGGGUGCCGGCGCUCCAGUCUAUCUGGCUGCCGUGCUCGAGUACCUGACAGCUGAGAUUCUGGAGUUGGCUGGAAACGCAGCCCGCGACAACAAGAAGACCAGGAUCAUCCCCCGCCAUCUGCAACUGGCAGUUCGUAACGACGAGGAACUUAACAAGCUCCUUGGCGGGGUAACCAUCGCUCAGGGCGGUGUCUUGCCUAACAUCCAGGCGGUACUCUUGCCUAAGAAGACCGAGAAGCCCCCCAAGAAGUAAGAAACGCUAAUUCUGAACAUGUCUGGACGAGGCAAAACCGGCGGCAAGGCCAGAGCUAAGGCCAAGACCAGGUCUUCCCGUGCUGGGCUGCAGUUCCCAGUUGGCCGUGUCCACAGGCUGCUGCGCAAAGGCAACUACGGCGAGCGUAUCGGUGCCGGCGCUCCAGUCUACCUGGCUGCCGUGCUCGAGUACCUGACAGCUGAGAUUCUGGAGUUGGCUGGAAACGCUGCCCGUGACAACAAGAAGACCAGAAUCAUUCCUCGUCAUCUGCAGUUGGCUGUCCGUAACGAUGAGGAGCUUAACAAACUCCUUGGUGGUGUGACUAUCGCUCAGGGCGGUGUCUUGCCUAACAUCCAGGCUGUUCUGCUGCCCAAGAAGACUGAGAAGCCCCCCAAGAAGUAAGCUGGAUUUCUGAGACUACUACCACAACGGCUCUUUUAAGAGCCACGCACAGUUGUCUUAAAGUGUAUGUUCCUGUUAACAUUCAGUGUUAAAUAUAUAAAUCGACUGGUUAAUGUAAACCCUGCAUUCUUUGGAAUACCACAAAUGGUCCAUAAUGUCAUGGGUUAACUUCCCUAAGAAGACAAACUCUAAACCCUAAAGACAAGUACAC